CUAUUUUCCUGCUUUUUAAUGCAGUCUUCUUGUCAGAAUUUGUCAUUGCAGGUGUGAAGUGCAUAAAUCUUUCAUCACAGGUCACAUAUAACAUGACGUGUUGCAUGAUUAUCGGGAUUGUACAGGGUGAUUUCAGCAUUUCUAGAACUGUUGCCUGCCUUAACGUGCACCAUAACAGUCUCUGGAGUUCUCUGAAUGUUUGAAAAAUAACAAAACAAAACAUCCGUGGAGCAGCAGUUGUUUAGAUGGAAACGUCUUGUUGAUGUGAGAGGUCAAAGAAGAAAAGGGCCAGGCUGGUUGGUACGGACAGAAAAUCGACUGCAACUCGUGUAACCGGUGAGCAGGAAAGCAUGUUAAAGUGAAGAACAUAUCUAGCCUGGAGGAAGAUGGACAGCAACAGCAAACAAACAAAAAAAAACACACCUGGGUCCACUAUUGUAAACCAAGAACAUGAACAUCAGACAUUUGCACGUAAGGAAUCUGAAAAUAUUGUGCAGAGUUGAUGGCACAUUUCACAGCAGCCGAAGAGACUAAAACAAGUUAACGGCAACUGUGAUGAGCAUAUAAAUGUAAACAGGGAGUUGAGUAGAAUAUUUUGACAGCCAUGCAACAAGAGACACAGAGACUGCUUCAGCACCAUCGCUGCAUGCAGGUGAUGAUGAGACUUCAUGUGAUGCUCAUUUAUGUCCUCCUCUUCAUUAGUGCAGACCUUGCAGAAAGCAUUAAAGCCCGCAGGACCAUUUCCUUCCAAGACAUGAACUUGAAACAGUUCAAAGAGUCUGACUUUGGUCUGAGUUCUCUGAUGGUCAGAGACGACAUUGGUCUGCUUGUCCUUGGAGUCAGAGGACGAGUUCUCACUCUCAGCUUGGACGACAUCACCCAGAAGACCAGUGAAGUCAAAUGGACAGUCAGUUCUGAAGACAAAAUCUUCUGUCAGGUGAAGGGCAAGAGCCCUGAGGACUGUGAUAACUAUAUCAGGUUGCUGCACACCAUGGAGGAUGGUAAAAUGCUUGUGUGUGGGACAAAUGCUUUCAAUCCUGCAUGUGACUCCAUGACUUUCACCAGUGGAAACAUUUCCUUGGAAAGAAAGACUCAGGAAGGUAGAGGGAAAGUUCCUUUUGACCCCAACCAACGCUUUGCCUCCCUGCUAGAUGGAAACACUUUGUACUCUGCCACCUCUUCAAACUUCCUGGGCUCAGAAAUGGUGUUCCAGAGGCAUGGACUUAACCCUGUCAAGACCGAAACAAAACACUCCUGGCUUAACGAGCCCACCAUGAUCUCCAUAAACAUGGCUGAAGUAAGCAGAGACAAACAGUAUGGUGAAGAUGACAAUGUGUUCUUAUUCUUCACUGAGGGCGCAGUGGAGGAACACCGUGGUAACAUCCUGGUGUCGAGGAUUGCACGUGUAUGUAAGAGUGACUUGGGCGGCAAAAGGACGUUACAAAACAGAUGGACUUCUUUCUUGAAAGCCCGACUGGACUGUCCAUUUGGCGAUGUUGGUUCACCAGCUCUGGUUCAGGAUGUUUUUCUUCUCCAGGACCAAAACAACCUGAGAGAGAGCAUUUUCUACGCAACAUUUACUUCCAACCCAGAGCCCUCCAGUCUUUGCAGCCAGUCGGCUGUCUGUGCGUACAAGUUGUCAGACAUCAGCCAAGUAUUUAAAGGAACGUUUCUGACUGAGAGUGAUACUGGAAGCUGGAACACACACACAGGCGAGGAGCCUUUCCCCUACCCUGCCUCAUGCAUUGACAAUGAAAUGCGGGACAAAGGUGUGAUAACUUCCCUGAACCUCUCAGACACAACCCUGCUGUUUGUGAAGAACCACCCUCUGAUGGAAGGGGUGGUCACACCAAUAGCUGGCAAGCCUCUGCUAGUCCAGACAAUGACUCGGUUUUCCAAGAUUGUUGUGGACCAAGUGACGUCAACAGAUGGUCAAAAGCAUCAGAUUAUUUUUAUUGGCACUGACUCUGGUUGGCUGCAGAAGGCGGUGAAGUUUGAUGGUGAAGAGGGGCGGGUCAUUGAGGAGCUGCAGCUGUUUAAAAAUCCUCAGCCUGUGGACUUCCUCCAGCUUUCUUCUAAAACAGGCCAGCUGUACAGCGGAUCUAAAAAUGGUGCUGUUCAGGUUGAUGUAAAGGACUGUAGCCGCUAUACUUCAUGCAAUGACUGCCUUCUUGCCAGAGACCCAUACUGUGGCUGGGACCAGAUCAAAGGCCAGUGUGCUUCUGUUGCUAGAACAACCAGAUCUUUGAUUCAGAGUCUCAGUGAUGGAGACAUUAGAAUAUGCUCAACGUCUGACUUGGAAAAGGAACCCAUCAUUGUCUACCUAGCCAUCGACAUAGCACAGUUCCUCCCAUGUUCCCCUGAGAUCAACCUCCCUGUCAGCUGGCGCCUCCUUGAUAACCUCGUCCAUCCUGGACCCCGACAUACUCUACUCAGUCAGGGUCUUAUCAUCAGACCCUCCUCUUCUGAUGGAGGUCUUUAUACCUGCGAGACAGUGGAAGCAGUGAAAGGCAGGAUGCACAGAGAGGUCGUGAUACAGUACCUCGUCAAGGUUCAGGAUCCGUACAGUGUUGUCAGUGAGCUGAAAGGAGCUGUGUUUGGCGUGGCUGUUUUUGCUGGUUUGCUGGCAUUUGUGAUACUCAGACAACUCAAGGAGAAAAAGCUGAACCGUGUUGGAUGUGGCAGCUAAAGCUGUGACAAUUACAAGCUGUCAGUUAAUACUCUAGGAAAGUAAUAACUUUUUUCCAUUUCAGUUUAUUCAAAUUAAAUGAAAAAAAGCAUAUGUGUACUACUCAUUAUUGUGUGAAAUGUCAGAAUUAUUGCAGGAUAAAGUCUCCAGUAGACAGAAGACAAGCAUCGGAUACAACAGGGUUUUGAGCAAA